AUGCGAAGAGUUAAAGUAAAAAUAAAAAGCAAGUGUUUAAAUGACAAUGCUAAGCGUGUAGCUACAGCAGAAAAACUUGUGCAUGUACGAAGAGCAAAGAAGUUUUAUGAUAAACUGUCAGCACUAACCAAAUUAUGCCAGGAAGAUCCUAAAGUGGGAGGUAUUGUUAUUGAUUACAUGCAAAAUCUUCAAAUGCCCCAAAUUCCAGUUCAAGAAACAUUUUACUGA